AAAAAAUAAUCUAAUCUGAUUGACAUUUUACAUAACCUAACUCUUCUAGAAAUUAGUCCUGUGAUAUUUAACGUAAAAUUGUUAAGAAUGACUAUAUUGAACAUAGCUCGUAUUUCUAACGUUAUCAAAUAUUCAAACAAAUGUUUGUCAUCGAAGAUAGAGUUCUACUCCACACAUUUGAAAUAUGCCGAACAUAAGCCUUUGGAAAAAAUCAGAAAUAUCGGUAUAUCAGCACACAUUGAUUCCGGCAAAACCACUCUUACUGAGCGAAUAUUAUUCUACACAGGGAGAAUAGAUGCUAUGCACGAGGUAAAAGGAAAAGACAAUGUUGGUGCAGUAAUGGACUCAAUGGAGCUGGAACGGCAGCGAGGCAUCACCAUCCAGUCAGCUGCCACUUACACCAUAUGGAAGGAUCACAAUAUCAACAUCAUUGACACUCCGGGCCACGUCGACUUCACUGUAGAAGUGGAGCGAGCUCUGAGGGUCCUUGAUGGAGCAGUGCUGGUGUUGUGUGCCGUUGGAGGAGUCCAGAGUCAAACUCUAACAGUGAACCGACAGAUGAAGAGGUAUAGUGUACCGUGUCUGGCGUUUAUUAACAAGUUGGACAGACUUGGUGCUAAUCCAGAAAGAGUAUUACAACAGAUGCGUUCCAAAAUGAAGCAUAAUGCAGCAUUUAUUCAGCUUCCAAUGGGAUUAGAGAAAGAUUGUCAAGGAAUUAUAGAUCUAAUUGAAGAGAGGGCGAUAUACUUUGAUGGAGACUUUGGGGACAAGAUCAGAUAUGAUGAAGUGCCGCAGGACAGGAGGGCCGAGGCUCAGGAGAAGAGACAUGAACUGAUUGAGCACUUGUCCAAUGUGGAUGAACCUUUAGGAGAGAUGUUCCUUGAAGAAAAAACACCUACAGUGACUGACAUAAAGCAGGCAGUCCGAAGAGCGACUCUUAGCAGGUCCUUUACACCAGUUCUUGUAGGAACAGCACUGAAGAACAAAGGAGUCCAACCAUUACUAGACUCGGUCCUAGAAUACUUACCGCACCCUGGAGAAGUUGAGAAUACUGCCACAUUAAAUGAAAAGAAAGAUGGCGAAGGUGAAACUAUAGUUUUAAACCCGGCAAGGAAUGAUAAGAACCCAUUUGUGGGGCUAGCUUUCAAAUUGGAAGUCAGCAAGUUUGGACAGCUGACAUAUUUGAGAUGUUACCAGGGUAUGUUGAAGAGAGGAGACAAUAUUUUCAAUGCCAGAACUUCGAAAAAGGUAAAAAUCUCCCGCCUAGUCCGCAUGCAUUCGUCCAACAUGGAGGAGGUGAACGAGGUGAUGGCGGGCGACAUCUUCGCUUUAUUCGGCGUGGACUGCGCCUCGGGGGACACGUUCGUGAACGACGCGCGGUUGCAGCUGGCAUUGGAGUCUAUCCACGUGCCCGACCCCGUCGUGUCCAUGUCCAUCAAGCCCAAGAAUAAUAAGGAUCGGGAUAACUUUUCGAAGGCUAUUGCUAGAUUCACGAAGGAAGACCCGACGUUCCAGUUCCGCUACGACGGCGACAACAAGGAGACGCUGGUGUCGGGCAUGGGCGAGCUGCACCUCGAGAUCUACGCGCAGCGCAUGGAGCGAGAGUAUAACUGUGCUGUGGAGCUGGGGAAGCCUAAGGUGGCAUUUAGAGAGACGAUGAUGUCGCCAUGUACGUUCGACUACCUGCACAAGAAGCAGUCGGGCGGCUCCGGCCAGUACGCGCGCGUCAGCGGCGUCAUGGAGCCUUUACCUCCGCAACAAAAUACAAUGCUAGAGUUCGCGGACGAGACAGUGGGCACCAACAUCCCCAAGCAGUUCGUCCCCGGAGUAGAGAAGGGCUUCCUGGACACGUGCGGGAAGGGCGCGCUCUCCGGACACAAGAUCUCGGGGGUGAAGUUCCGUCUGCAGGAUGGUGCGCAUCAUAUAGUGGACUCGAGCGAGCUGGCCUUCUUCUUGGCAGCUAAGGGGGCCGUUAAAGAGGUAUUCGAAAUGGGCUCCUGGCAAAUACUAGAACCGAUUAUGUUCGUGGAAGCGACGAUGCCCGAAGAGUUCCAAGGCACAGUGAUCGGGCAGCUGAACAAACGAGGAGGCAUCAUCACUGGCACUGAGGGAGUCGAGGGCUGGACCACGGUGUAUGCCGAGGUGCCACUGAAUAAUAUGUUCGGAUAUGCUGGCGAGUUGAGAUCAAUGACCCAGGGCAAGGGUGAGUUCAGUAUGGAGUACAGCCGCUACUCGCCGUGCCUGCCCGACGUACAGGAACAACUCAUCAGGAAGUAUCAAGAGGAAAUGGGCAUAUUGCCCGAUAAGAAGAAGAGCAAAAACUAAUGUUAAGUUUUACCUGAAAUAGUUAUAAUUUUAUUUAUGUUAUGUGAUCAUUUGUAUUUAUAAGAAUUAUUUUGUAAAUAAAAUAAUUAUUAGUUGAA